GGAAGAAUAUUGGGAAUGAUAGGAAAAUUCAGAGAGCUAGAAUGGCUAAACAAAUUGAACAAAACAAUUACCAUAUCAGCAACCGGAAUAGACGGAGAAAAUACAGACAUCAACGAAGUUAUUCAGGCAAUAGAAGACAAACUAGGUAAACUUAAAAAAGUAACACAAAAAACAGGCAACGGAAAAUGGAUAAGUAUGAAACUAGAAAUGGAAAUUACAUGUACAGAGGACGAACUAUUUAAUACAUGAGGAGUCCUAGUCAGGAAUAAAAUGAUUAAAAUCGAACCAAUGAAUUACAAAUAUCACAUGAUCAAACAACGAGGAAGAAUUAUGGCGGAAAUAAUCGAUAUACCCAAUGAUAUCAAUGAAACAACAUUUUCAAAGGUACUUAAGACUACCAGCGCAAGAUAUUGGUUCAAAACCAACAACAGGACGAAAGGAACAUACAAUAUGAAGAUAUACUUCAACAACGAAGAUGACAGAAAACAAGCAAUUAAUAAAAAAAUCAAAAUCGAUGGAAAGAUUUUUACUUGGUUUUUUCGGACGGGAUCGGGAAGGCAAAAUAAUUUUCGUAACGAAAAAAGAAACGAUAAUGGAUUUGGUAAACGAUUUCAAGAAGAAAUGUACAAUGGAGGAAAGGCCAAAAGAACCAGAUGCAACAUAUGCAAAAAAAACAAUCACAUCACAGAUGAAUGCUAUUUCAACAAUAGAAAUAGUACACACGAAAAUAGAAACAACAGGAAUGACAACCAAAAUGAAGCGUAUAGCUAUAGGAAAGGCAGAUACGACAAUGAAGGAAAUUUUAGAUACGACAUGCAAUGACAACAUUUUAGCGCCCACGAUGACAAUAGAUACAACGCCUACACCAAAAGAGGAAACCAUACAUACCCAAGAAGAAGAUUUAACGACAACCAUAAUAGAGAAAAUGGCAGAGAUGAGACUAGAGGAAAACGACAAAGUUCUUACUACCAACAACAGAGAUAUAACGGAAACAAUGACUACAAUAGCAACGGUUACAAUGCCGAUAGAUACAACGAGUACGGAGAAAAUAACUACAAUGGAUAUAACAGAAGAAGGAAUGAAGGAAACUACAGAAACAAUGACGGGCGUCGAAUGGCUGGACGCCAUUAACUGGAUACCACAAACUUACAAUACAAUAAGGGAAGGAGAAGAAGAAGAAGAAGGAGAAGUAAGUGAAACAUCUCGAGAGACGACAAUAAAAACAAACAACAAAAAAUAUAUAAACAAGAAAAAAGAAAAAAAAGAGAUUAACGAAAAAUCCAUAACAACAACACAUAAAUACAAAAAAAUCAAAAACUAA